AUGAAUGCAAACCCAACCAGAAAGGUGCCAAGACAUAUAAUAAAAUCUCCAGUACCGUCACUGAUGAUGGUAUCCUCCCCACCAUCCCCGCACUCCCAAAUACGAGAAUUACGAGGCCGCGCCCUCGACGAAAUGUUCGAGGGGAAUCUGAACGAGUCUAACAACUUAUUUCUCCAGGCGAUUGAACUUGCUGAACACGUCCUCGAUGACGACGACGACGACAAAUCAGCCGCGCAGCUCAUGCUGGCUACCAACUACCGAGAGCAGGACCGUCACGGGGAAGCUGAGCCAAUCGAUCGGGAUGUUCUGGCACGACAACAACGUACCCUGGGUGAGAACGACGUAAACACUCUCACCACCAUGGAGAAUCUCGCAUUCGAUCUGAAAGUCCUGGGCUGGAUGGAGAUACCUGGCGUGAGUUCCAACACUACGAUGACCAGGCUCAGUAAUUUGGCAAAUUUCUAUACGGCCCAGCGACGAUAUCAAGAGGCGGUGGGGCUGCAUGAGAAAAUCCUGGAAUGGAGGAUCCAGGAGCUGGGCAGGGAACAUUCUCUCACCAUUGCGUCGAUGGAUUUACUUGGGAUUGCGUAUCGGGGACUUGGUCAGUUGGACCGGGCAGUGCAGUUGCAGGAGGUGGCGGCAGAAACGGCCAAGGCUCAGCUGGGGGAAAUGAAUCCAACAACCAUUAAGUGCAUUCUGAACCUCGCCCAUACCUAUAAGGCGCUCGACGACCAAGGCCAGGAAGGAGCAGAACAACAUGAGGGGGUGGAGAAGGCAAUUCGGAUUCUGGAAGAGGCUUUACAGGUGUUUCGGAAUGCCCGAGAUGAAGAUUCGCUUUCCGUGGCAAUUAUGAACAACUUGGCCGUCGCAUACAUGAACAUCGGUCGGCUACAGAAUGCUAAGUUGCAGCUUCAGUCCUGCCAUGCGUGGAAUGAGAAAACGUUGGGAGACGACCAUCCGAAUACGCUGCUCACUCGCGAGAACCUGAACUUGGUCUUAGAGAAAUUGGGGGAAAACAGUGAUUGA